AUGAAGCCAUUGCCAUGUUCUAAAUGUGGGAAAUCAUUUACACGGAAAUCGAAUCUUGAGCGACAUCAGAGAGUUCACGUCGGCGAGAGACAUUUGUCCUGUUCUGAGUGCGGGAAGGUUUUUAAACACAAGUCUGAUCUCAAAAGACAUCAAAGAAUUCACACAGACGAGAAUCCAUGUUUUUGUUCUGAAUGUGGGAAAUGUUUUACCCGGCAGUCAAAUCUGGAGCAACAUCGGAGAAUUCACACUGUUGAUAAGCCUCUGUCAUGUUCCGAGUGUGAAAAAUGUUUCACACAUCCAUCACAUCUUGAUAGGCACCAGAGAAUUCACACCGACGAGAAGCCAUUUUCCUGCUCCAAGUGUGGGACAUGUUUUGCACAGAAAUCAGAUCUGGUUAAACAUCAAAGAAUUCACACGGGUGAAAAACCUUUCACGUGUCCUGAGUGUGGGAAAUGUUUUACAUAA